GACACACACCCCCCCAACCACCGACCGACCGACUGACCGAAGGGAAUGUGUCCGUCCUCGCUCCUCCUGCUCGGCCUGAGCCUCGGCCUGGUCACCGCCCUCCCCGCCCCGCAGCAGGGGCCGGACCCUGGGAAGCACUGGGUGGUGAUCGUGGCUGGUUCCAAUGGUUGGUACAACUACCGACACCAGGCUGACGCUUGCCAUGCGUACCAGAUCGUCCACAGCAAUGGGAUCCCGGACGAGCAGAUCGUGGUCAUGAUGUACGACGACUUGGCGAAGAAUGAAGAGAACCCGACGCCCGGGAUCGUGAUCAACCGGCCGAAUGGAACAGACGUGUACAAGGGAGUUCCUAAAGACUACACUGGGGAUGAUGUGACUCCAGAGAACUUCCUGGCUGUGCUGAAGGGCGAUUCGUCCAAAGCCAAAGGUGGCUCAGGAAAAGUGUUGAAGAGCGGCCCCAACGAUCACGUGUUUGUGUACUUCACCGACCACGGGGGACCUGGUAUUCUGGCUUUCCCCAACGAUGAGCUUCAUGUUGAAGAUCUUCAGGCAGCCAUUAAAUACAUGCAUGAAAAUAAGAAAUACAAAAAGUUGGUGUUUUACAUCGAGGCGUGUGAGUCUGGUUCAAUGAUGAAGUCUUUGCCCAAUAACAUUGACGUGUACGCCACCACAGCAUCCAACUCCCAUGAGUCCUCUUACGCCUGCUACUAUGACGAGAAGAGGGAGACGUACCUGGGCGACUGGUACAGUGUGAACUGGAUGGAGGACUCUGAUGUGGAGGACCUGGCCAAAGAAACUUUGACGAAGCAGUUCAAGAUUGUCCGGAGCCACACAAACACCAGCCACGUCCAGCAGUUUGGGAACAAGACGCUGGGCCACAUGAAGGUGAACGCAUUCCAGGGUGACCCCAAAGCCGGCGGCCCACCUGCUCCUUCAGUGACCCUGCAGCCCGUUAGGAAUCUGGAUCUGACCCCGAGCCCUGAUGUUCCCCUGGCCAUCCUCAAGAGGAAGCUGAUGGCCUCUAAUGACAUCACAUUUGCAAGGGGGAUGCUGAUGGAGAUCAGCGCACACCUCAAGGUCCGGGAGCUGCUCGCUGAGACGAUGCACCGAGUGGUUGAGAUGGUGACCGGCAGUAAGGUCGAGGCUGAGGAGGUCAUCAACGAGAGAGCCGACCUGUCCCAGCACCAGUGCUACAGGGCUGCGGUCCAACACUACAAACAGAACUGCUUCAACUGGCACAAAACCGAGUUUGAAUACGCUCUGAGGCAUCUGUACGCUCUGGUGAACCUGUGUGAGAGAGGAUACCCUGCAAACAGGAUCCAGCUGGCCAUGGACUCCGUGUGUCAUUUCAGCAAGUGAAAAUCUUUCUACAAUUCCAUCAAGUCUUGGAUCAGGCUGCUUGUUCCAUGUGGAAGAACCUGAGAAGAUGCUGUUUGUCUUUGCACUGUUUAGGAAUCAAUCUGACAUGGACUCGAUGCUACCGUUUUAUCAACACCCUUUUUUUUUUAACUGAGAAUUUGAAUGUGUUUUUAUGAUGAAUUGCACUACCCCCCCCCCUUGUCCUGGGUUUGUGGAUCAUGUUUUACUGCUUCUGAUUUAUUUUUAAUUUUGUAAAUUUGUUGUGCUUUCAGCUUGACGUGAAUGUUUGAUUGACAUGUUAAGGUCACACCACAAACUAUUGCAUGUUAGUUGAACCUCAAGAGACUUUGUUGUAUCUUGAAAUAAAAUCUGACAAACUAAGACUAA